AUGCUGGUAAGGGUCAUCAUUGAUACUGGAAAUAAGCGAUCCAAGACCGCACCAAACAUCCACAAAUUUGGUGGCGCCCGCGUUAGCCCAGUUCGAGCUGAAAAUCCCGGACUGGUCGAGAACCAUUUCGCCGUCGGUAGUCGCAUGCGAGGCUUCGGGGCUGCCUCACCGUCGUUCUGGCCACUUUUUUUGUGGUAUUUCUGUCGUCCUCUCGCUCGAUUUUGGUGCGGAAGGUCGGUUUGUUUUGUUCACGAUCCGUCGAUUUUUGGCGUCAUUUGGCGGCAAACAGAAAUGGACAUCAUCGACAAAGUGAAGGGCUCCACUGACGAGCAGGAGCCCCACCCCGGGAACCCGUUUAUUGCCGGCGACCCAUCCUCCAACUCGGACCGCGAUGAAGACACUCAGGCCAGAGAAGACGCGAACAACGCCCACGAUGUCGAGGAGGAAAAGGAGUCGAUACUGCCCAAGUUGGGACUGCCGAUUGCGCUCCUGGUCGGCGCCGCCAUAAUGGGAGGGGGGACCUAUGCCGUCGUCGCAUAUGUUCAGAAUCUGGUUGCGAACGCUGCGGUGGACAAUGAUGAGGCCAAAUGGAUCCGACUGGCGAGAACUGACGCAUAUGAUGGUUGUUACUUAGGUUGCACCAGUUGCGAUGACCCCAACUUUGCGUACAAUGCAUGCCAGCUCACCACCCGUGUUGAUGUCAAGGGCGUUAUCUGCAAUGCGAACAAGAUGUGGAAUUGGGCUGUCGAGGACCGGUACCCAAAGGAGUGUCUGAAGGCUGUCAGCAAGGUCAUCAUGGGUGAUGCGCUCGAGGACCUGAAGAACCACUAUCGCAAGCGGUACGCCAUCAUCACCGUUGCCAUUGUAGGCGGGUUAGCUGUCGGCUUUCUGGUCUACUUUCUCUGGCGCAAGUUCGCCAAGCCGAAAGAGACUCCCAAACCAUGGUCGACGUAUGACCAAACCCCAGCUCCGUUUUCCAUCAAGCGGCCAGCAACAUGGAAGCUGCCCAAGAAAGAGAAACCCGAGAAGACAAAGACCGAGCACACCGACAAGAUCACGACCACCACCACCACCACCCCAACUACAUAUGAGCCAACAAACCUGGCCCCCCACGGAGCAGUCGCAACAGUCCCCAUCGUCUCCCCCUCCCGCUCCUCCUCUCGUUCAUCCUGCUCCUCAAGAGCCUCAUCCACCCACAGCGCCCAACGCAUCCCUACCCCCCCCACCUUCGACCUCCCCCGCCCCAGUUCCUCCCGGGUCUCCUCCUGCUCCUCAUCCUCCAGCCCCCGCCUCUCAACCCUCAUCGGCGCAGCCCUCACUAUCACCACCUCAGGCGCCUCCGCCUCCAUCUGCAUCCGCGACCAACCCUGGACCCAACACUUCAUCACCUCCUCCCCCUCCCUCACUCAAAAAACCAUCACUGGCACCAUCCACGGCUGGUUCUCCGAGUGCUACCAAAUCCAAAAAUGCAAGCAAAAGUGCCGGUGGUCCUGCUCAGGCAGCUCAUGCGGAAAUAAAUGCAGCAAGGAGUGCCACAUGGAGGACAGGACGAAAAAGGAGCCAAAGGUGUUUGUCGAUGCUGUCGUGCCGAUGGUAGCAAAGUGCGGGUUUAAGAUGGUGGAUACGCUGAGCGGGAGUGAGACGCCGACGGUGAGGGUGGCGAAUGGUGGGAUUGAGAGGGGGUUAUAUUCAGGGGGUGUUCAACGGGGUUUUGACGGCAUAUAA